AUGAAUCCUCUUAUACGGCCAGAGAAUGUAUGGCUACCCAGGAAUCAGACCAAUCACCACCACGAACGCGCGAAUAGUACUUUCCAGGCCCUUAUGGCCGGCUUCAGGCGAUUGCAACUUCAAUGGGGCAUCAUGAACAAAACAAUCAUGGCCUGCUCUAUGCUUCGCCCCUUUAUUGGCAAAAAGUGGAUGCAUGGGCUGGCUACACGGCCUACAACAGAGCCCCUCGUUCGCCCAAAGAACAGUACAAAGGAACUUCUGGUGGUUAUUCCAGACCUACCCAACGUGCUCGAGCGCCGCCUGGCCAUUCGCCCUAGGCAUUCCCCCAACUUCGUGCGGCUUCAUCAACAAGGCUACGUUUCAUGGGCCGUAUCUCCGUCAUUUCCUGACCGCACGACCUCUCCACCAAGCAACAUGACCGACAACGAGCCUAUUGCAAUAGUAGGCAUGGCCUGCCGCUUUGCCGGCGCCUCAUCCACAGACGAGUUCUGGCAGAUGAUCCAGCAGGGGCGCACUGGUCACUCGCGCAUCCCUAAGCGGAGUUGGGAUGCAGACGCCUGGUUCCAUCCAUCAAGGCAACGACUGGGCGCAACCUGCACGACCUCAGGCUUCUUCCUCGACGAUGUCCCCCAUUUUGACGCGCCUUUCUUCUCCAUCACUGCGCGCGAGGCGGAAGUAAUGGACCCAAUGCAGCGUCUCGUUUUGGAAGUAGCGUAUGAAAGCUUUGAAAAUGGUACUUCGGCCCACCCCUUUUACCAGAAUCUGAUGUAUGCCAAGGCACCGCUGAGACCAUUUAGCUGGCAUUCCAAUGGAAAAGCUAGCGAGAAGCAGGACGGCAGUGUACAGCGGCGUCAUGACGGCCGACUACCAAGAGAUCGCCGAGCAUGA